CUCUCACCGUCUACGUUAGUCCCCGCUGACUCGGUUUCGUCUCCCUCGCGUAACACACAACUAAUAUCCACGGACAAUGUCCCGCGUCACUCUUUCUUUACUCCUGACGGCUGCCGGUGUCGUCGUCGCGCAAGCACCGACCUUCAUCUGCAACCCUCCCCUCUUCAGCCUGCAGUUUGACUAUCCAAGUGGCAUUCCUCAACAAGUCGAGCCCCAGGCACAGGGCCGUGGCCCUCAGAGUGGAUACAAUGUGUGUAAUUCCACCACCCAGAACCAAGAUUCCAUGUGUCAGACUGCAUUGGUCAACCACAUCGACGAUUUUUGUCUAUGGGCUCCGCCUACGGGGCCCACCAGCAUUGGUGAUUCCGAGGCCGAUGAGGUUGCGUGGUGCACCCAGAACAAAUACGGUACCCGUCUCAUCCCCGAAGGCACCAUUACUGGUAUCCAGCUCCUUCAGGCGCCCACGUACAAUAUGAUCUUCGCUUUCGUCGAUCAGACGAAGCUCAACAUGUUCGCCAACGACACCGGAGGCGAACUCGACCCUCGCGGUGCUGAUCUCUGCGGCAACCCCUUAGGUGGUCUUCUCUUCUCCAACAACUUGCCCUUGAGCGGUAAUAAGGACAACAGCACCUACACUCAGGUCGGCGACUGGACGCAAUUCAUCGGCAACGGCAUUGCUUGCAUGAAAUGGUGUGAUCCGAAGGACCCCGAUGCCGCCAACUAUUGCUACAAUCAGCUCGACCGCGUUGGCAUCGACUACGUUUGUCCCCAAAAUGCCCAGAACGGCACUUUCGAGGUUUGCGAAUCAGAUCCCAUGCAGUUCCCUGGCGUCUACGUAACAAACGGCGUCACCACUUCGUACACCCAGCCCCCUGAGUCACUCGGCCCUAUCACCACCAUGCCGUACUCCGCCAGUAUCCCUGCGUCGUCGAACUGUGUGACCUACCAGUCUUCCGACCUUUUCGCGGCGCUCCCCACUAUCUCGGGUGCUGCCACUUCCGGUGCUAGCUCUGGGUCUGGGUCUGGGGCCCCUGCUGCGGCCACCGGCAAGCCGAGCAGCGGCGCAUCUGCCUCCGGCUCGCGCACUGGCUCUGCUAGUGCUGCUCCCACUGGGGGCUCUGCUCAACCCGGCGGAGCUGGUGCUCUUCGCGCCUCUGCGUUCGCGACUGUCGCAAGCGUUGUCUUCGCCGUUGCCUUCUUCGCAUAAUGGAUACACUCACGUUUAGUUGAUGUCGAGUAUGUCGAUGAACUGGGUUUGGAGGCUCCGUAUCACAUUACCGGACUACUAUUUUCAAUACACUUGUUGCGCUAGAAUUAUGGGCGUGGUGUUUAUACCUUAGGUUUUAUAUACCUUGUUACAAGCAGGGCAGGUAUCACAUGCUAUUCAUAUUGAACGUUGGGUUGUUCGAUGGCGGAAUAUGAUGUUCGUUUGGGUUGUGGUUGGAU